UAGCUUCAAAUUCACUUGUUCAACAGCCUCUUUGGCUAUACUUCGUGCAGAUUAUAGGUAAUUGGAGUGAUGAUGUCUGGCAGCAUUUCUUGUGUCACUGAUGCAUAGGACUGAAUUAGUGCUGGAAUGCCAGAAGAUACAGUUUCUCAACCACAGGCUGUUCAUAGCCAGCUGGAAAAGCCAUCAAGUACUGCAAUUCUCUGCAAUAACUGUGGGAACCCAUGUAAAGGAGAAGUGUUGAGAGUUCAGAACAAAUAUUUUCAUAUAAAAUGCUUUGUUUGUAAAGCUUGUGGAUGUGACCUGGCUCAAGGAGGAUUUUUUGUGAGACAGGGAGACUAUAUCUGUACUUUGGACUAUCAAAGACUCUAUGGCACACGGUGCUUCAGCUGUGAUGAAUUCAUUGAGGGCGAAGUGGUUUCAGCCCUGGGAAAAACCUACCACCCAGAUUGUUUUGUGUGCGCUGUUUGCAGGCUGCCUUUUCCUCCUGGUGACCGGGUGACUUUCAAUGGGAAAGAGUGUGUCUGCCAGAAAUGUUCGCUGCCCCCUGCUGGUAGCAGCAGCUCUUUCCCAGUCCAAGCCUUACGAAAUUGUGGGGGCUGCGGUUCAGAAAUAAAAAAUGGACAGUCAUUGGUAGCUUUGGACAAACACUGGCAUUUGGGCUGUUUUAAGUGCUAUACAUGUGGCAAGCAUCUGAAUGCAGAGUACAUCAGCAAGGAUGGUGUUCCAUACUGUGAAAUGGACUACCAUGCUAAGUUUGGCAUAAGAUGUGACAACUGCGAGAAGUACAUCACAGGAAGAGUGCUGGAGGCAGGAGAAAAACACUAUCACCCCACGUGUGCACGAUGUGUCAGGUGCAGUCAGAUGUUUGCAGAAGGAGAAGAAAUGUAUCUUCAAGGUACUUCUAUCUGGCAUCCAGCCUGUAGACAGGCAGCCAAGGCUGAAGAAAAAAACAAGGAAACUAGAACUUCUUCUGAGAGCAUUAUUUCUGUACCUGCUUCAAGUACGUCAGGUUCCCCGAGCCGUGUGAUCUAUGCAAAGCUUGGCGAUGAAAUUCUUGACUACAGGGAUUUGGCUGCUCUUCCUAAAAAUAAAGCCAUCUAUAAUAUUGACCGCCCAGAUAUGAUCUCCUAUUCUCCAUAUAUCAGUUACUCUGCAGAUGACAGGCAUAGUUAUGGGGAGGGUGAGCAAGAUGAUAGAUCUUUCAAGCAGUACAGGACAUCAAGUCCUAGUUCUGCUGGAUCUUUAGGUUAUGGUCGUUAUACUCCAACGUCCCAUUCUCCUCAGCAUUACAGCAGACCAGCUGGUACUCAGAGUCUUGGUACCAGUAGCUGCAUCUCCCUGCCCCAACACCCAAGCCCUACAUCUACAUUCAGACAUCAUUACAUCCCUUUCUUCAAAGGCAGUGAAAGUGGUCGGAGCACUCCGAGCUUAUCCAUGUACUCAGACAGCAAAUCUUCACCUUCUGUCUAUCAGCAGGCUCCUAGACAUUUCCAUAUUCCAGACACUGGAGUAAAAGAUAACAUCUAUAGGAAACCCCCUAUCUACAAACAGCAUGCAGCAAGAAGAUCUGAGGGGGAGAAUGGAAGUUUAGAUCAAGAUAAGAAGCUAAAGACCAGUUGGUUGAUUCUGAAAGGAGAAAUGGAUGCCAGAACUAAUUCACCAGAUUCAGAUACUCGGUCACUAUCUCAUGCUCCUGGAACUGACAGAGAACAGUUCCAGCAAACACAAGAAAAUGCAACCACUGUAUAUUCCCGAUUCCCAUAUUCCAAAUCUGCUUCUCUUCCUGGCUAUGGAAAGAAUGGAUUACAUCGGCCUGAAAAUAUGGGCCAAUAUGAAACAGACCAGGAUGCCAGUUGGGGGAUGAAAGAAUACAAGGUAAGAAGUGCCAUUCCAACACUGGAAGAAAGCUCAGAUUCAGCCCAUCCUAGCAAGAUCUAUCCUUAUGAAACGCUUAUUGUAACAAAUCGAGUUCGGGUGAAACUACCUAAGGAUGUAGACAGAACCAGGCUGGAGAGGCACUUGUCCCCUGAGGAGUUCCAAGAAGUCUUCAAAAUGAGCAUUGAAGAAUUUGAUCGUCUGGCACUUUGGAAGCGGAAUGACCUAAAGAAAAAAGCUUUGCUUUUCUAACCUCUCUCAGACAAAAUAUGUGCUUACUCAAAACAAAAAUAGUCUUGCCAGCACUAUCAUACGCACUUGCUGUUGAACCAUCGUCCAGCUUCAUUGUGUUUAGUGUGUGUGUGUGGGGGGAAACAAAUGAAAAAGAUUAUACGGCAAUGCAUUGGAAUAGGGAUACUUUGCUAAUCUUGCAUGACCAGCUGGUUCUGUCAGUAACUCCUGGUCCUAGGCAGUUUACAACGUACAAAAAUCUAGCUUUAAAUUAAUUGUUGCUUGCAGUUAUUGUUUGAUGCAAAGAAAUUUUAUAUGGGAAUAGAAGGACAUGUCACCGAGGUGAAAGAAAUCCAUCUAGCAUUUUGUUUCACUGAAUUUUACAAAAAUCCAGUGAAUGGAUGAACACUGAGUUCUUACAGGGGGAAAAGCAUUAAAAAUGUGGUAAAGGCCAAAGAAAAGCAUGUCAGCAAGUAAAUACUGCAAUGUUUUGUGUGAUACGUUAUAGGAAUGGAAGCAAAACAAUGAAAGCACCUUAAAUCUAGCUCUUAUACACUAGCUGCAAGCUAUUCUUUAAAUGGCCACGUCGUAUGCUCGGCACCCUGAGCGCACUCCAAGAAGCAUGCCCAAGACAGCGCGCUUGAAGAUGGUUCUGGGUUCAUGCUCUGCUAAAUUGGCUACACUGCAUUUCCAGUCCUUACUGCAGUGAGUGGGAGCCUGCUUCUUGGCAGUGCUAGCAGGGCAGGGUGGACAUGCCCUAAACUGAAAUUCACUAUCUUUAAAGACAACACCAGAGUUUUUAUUUUAUUAAAAAUAGAUUGUGAUGUAAUACAGCCAUGAUUAAAUAUGUAUAAAGAAACUGUCUAAUAAGUUGAUGUCCCAUUCAUCAGGAAAACAAAAGCCUUAUACGAAACUGGUUCAAAGGUAUAUUGUGCCAGUCACCUGUAUUUUUCCUAUUUUUUUUUUUACAUUUCAUGCUGAUACAAAACCCAUGCAAUCUUAAUUCCAUAUGGAUAUGUCUGCCUAUAACUUACUAUCAGUUUGUAACUAUGUUCUAGGGUAAAGACAUAAUUAUUUCCUCCAUUCUUUGGCUUAAUGUUUUAAGCCUUAUAAAAGAUGAUGGCAUUUAGGUAGCUGUGGAUUAACAUUUCAGCAUAAAAUGUAACAAAAAAUGCUUAGUGUGCUCUAUCAAUAAUAUAUACAAUUGUAACCAAAUAUAACUUUUAUAAAAGCCCUCAUGCAUUAAUAUCUGCAUGUUUCUGUACAAAUCAAAUAAAAAACUAUAUAAUAUUGGUGCAGUACCUUUCAACUUAUCUUUAACAGGCAAAGUUAACAAAAUCUAAGUAUUUGAGAUGAACAUUAGACCUCAAGAGCUCUUCUUGCUGAAAGAUAAUAUUAAAUUUAAUACAUUCAUGUAGUUCAAGUAUGGUUGAUAAUGAAGAAUGUAUUAAAGUGAAUUGCUAGUUUUAUGUGAUACUAAAAGAGAAUUACAAAAAAGUACAUUUUUCAACCAUAUGUCAGUGUUCUGCAUUUUUACUGCCUUGAAUGUUUGUACUCACCUUCUCAUCACUUUGUCUUUUUGCAUUUCUUUAAAGUAACUGGUUAAUAUAUGCACUGCUACAUACUAGUUCAACUGGUCCAGCGUUGAGAAAUUGUAACGUUGAACAUGCCUUCUUCCAAUUAACAUUGAUAAUCCAUGCUGUUGGAAAUAAAUAUUUUCUCAUGAUCUAAAUGUUUUGUCUAAUAAUACAAAUGUUUAGAAAAAUAAUUAAAAAGAAAACAUAAAAACAAAA